ACCGCGUUUCUCUUCGAACAAGCUCUAUUUGAACCGGUCACUACAUUGAACUGACUAAUAUGUCUGCGCAACAGACCUCGCUGUCCACUUACAAGUCCCUUUACGAUACAAACGGCUUCGUUGUCGUCCAGAACCUGAUCCCGUCCGAGCUCUUCCCCGAUAUGCUCCUCGCAGCGCAUCGCGCCACCGCACGCACGCGUACCGGCAACUGGCCGCAUCGUCGCACCGUCGGCUGCCAAUUCCCGCCUUUCGAUGAAGAUGGGUCUCCUGACGUCUGGGGAGUGCAGCAUAUGAUGCAUCCGGCCCUUGGCGAAAGUGUGUUUGCGGAGUGGUACACCAGUGAGGCGCUCCUGCAGACGGUGUGCGAGCUGAUGGGAUGUGGGAAGGACGAGUUGCAGAUGGAACUCUUCAAUAUGCUCAUUAACCCUGAACGCGCUGACUUCGCGCUGCGCUGGCACCGAGAUGACAUCCACGAGAGCGCAACCGCAGAUGAAGAGCGCGAAGCACUCGCGAAGUGGCAGUAUGGCGUUCAGUGGAAUGCUGCUCUACUUGGUGACACAUGCCUCUUCGUCGUCCCAGACUCACAUACUAUGCCUCGCACACCUGAGCAACGAACACACUCGUCGACAUUGGAUCCACCAAAAGACCCAAUGGAUAUGCCUGGCGCAAUCCGUGUCACGCUGAAGCCCGGUGAGACAGUGUUCUACAACAGCAACAUCCUGCAUUGUGCAACGUACACGCACACGACGCCCCGCCUGACACUGCAUGCCUGUAUUGGUUGCACGCGCGGGGGUUCCACACGCGCCCGCAAUAUACUGCAGCACGGCCUCGCGUGGAUGGAGGACGAAAAAUUCCGGGAUACCUUGAACGACACAGGGAAGGAGAUGCUAGAGCGACUAGUGAAGAUGAAAAACGAUACCGGCGAUGUCGGAUACUCGCUGCAGAACUGAUAUGAUACAGAUAUGUGGCGUUAAUGCGUUCAUUGUAGCGGAAUUCUUUCUACGAUACUCUUAAAAAUUAGAAGCUAGCGUACACCCUGGACAGUAUUCCAAACCAAAAUUGGUGGUUUACGCCGCGUCGUUCUCAACCAGACGGCCGCAUAUGAUAUACUUAUUGGCGAAGUGAUCCAUCCAACCUCGCAUAUUAUCGAUUUCCUCGUUAUUGAGAUCCUCAAGCUUGUCCAGCGGUUGGUCAAUGGGAGUGAGCAUUUCCGAAUCGAAUGACUGCUUUGCCAUGCCCCUGGAGGCGUCACGUCCAGCGAAGUUGGCAUACAUGCCACCAGGUCCAUAGAAGCUCCUGCCUGAGGUUACGUCGUACACAACGCCUUUGAUCGAAAGGAGAAUACGCGGGUCGUCAGUGCCGUUGAAGGGCACGAGCGUGCGAGGCGUGUAUGUUUUGAAGAGUAGCGACGGCGGGUGCCCCUUGGGCAUCCAAGUGUACGAGUGCUUGAACUCACUCGGCACCGUCUUCGGGAUCGAGGCAGACGGGAAGACGAUGCGUUGCACGCAGUAGAGAACGUAUAGCAGCAGUGCGCUAUUCACGGGCAGGCUGAGGUCGAAGGACAUGGUGGUCGAGGUCGAAGGUG